CUGAUGCUUCAUUUUGUUUUUCUUCUUUGAUGCACUAACAACACAGCAGACAAUGCCACCUUUAAUACAGAUCAUAGAUGAUACAGCUGGGAAAAUCUAUUGCAUAGAUGCACAUCAGAAAGAGCCGUUGAUUAUAGUGGGUACCUCACUUGGGAAUGUUAAGACAUGGAACUAUGACACACAGGCAAGUUACUGUAUUGCUUUGGUAGUUACUAUUUAAGACAAAGAAAGAAAUUUAUUACCUCGUGCCCUCUGUACAAAAAAGAUGCUCGCAGCCCAAGCAAUUUUGAUUUUAUUCAUAAGAGCAUAUACAGUUUCUUUUGAUUGCCAAAUACCAGGAAAAGCCUGUGUUUGGUGAUGGUAGAUGGCAAAUGUUUUUACCCACUGUUUUCUCAUGGCAGUAUUUCAGCAGUUGUUGAGUGUGUAUUUAGGUCAUAUUUGCUUACAUUGGACUAACAAUUUAGUCAGUUGUGUUUACUGGCAGAAAGUGGCCGGUUUGACUAAGGUCUCAGCAGAACCUGGCAAGCUCUCUGACUUGUUUGUCGACAUAAGUUUCUUCCACCAUAUGUACACUGAUAUGCUAAUAAGAUGAUCGUUCUCACUGCAGUUACGGAUGUGAAGUUCAUUGCACGAAAGGGGUGGUUUGUGGCAGUGUCAUCUGACUGUGUCGUCCAUGUGUACAACUACGAAAAGGAAAUGCAAAAAGUCACGAGUUUCAGAGCUCUGGGUCGUGCAGAUGUUUGGUGUACAUUAGCCGUUCAUCCAACCCAGCCGUAUGUGCUGUCAGGAUGUGCUACCGAAAUAAAGCUUUGGGACCGUAAUUGCAUACAGACAUUUGAAGAGCACUCGGCUGCUAUCAUGGCCCUAAAAUUUAACCCGGAGGACACCAACAGUUUUGCAAGUGCUUCGCAUGAUGCUACAAUAAAGGUUUGGAGUCUUGAUUCUCCCAAAUCCAAGUAUACUCUGUUUGGGCAUAGGCAUGUAGUGAACUUCCUGGAUUUCUUCACGCGUGAUGGUCAGCAGUAUUUGAUUAGUGGCUCUUGGGAUGCGACUGCCAAGAUAUGGGACAUGGACAAGAAGGAGUGCGUUCAUACACUUGAACAUGAGUCUGCAGUUUUUCAGGUCGUUUCCCAUCCCAAUCUUCCAGUUCUAAUUACAGGUACAAAGGAUGGUGAUGUUCACGCGUGGAGCUCAAAUGAUUUCAGGCUCAAGAGAAUACAUAACUUUCAUGACAGUGGAUGGGUUGUGGGUCUCGCAUGUUUGGUGGGAUCAGGAAGGCUUGUAGUUGCACACAAAACUGGAGUGUCGUUGAUGGAAAUUCGUGAUGAAGAGGAACAAGGUGGUAGCACAGGCAGCAAUGAGAAUUCCUUAUCAGCGACAAAUUUGGAAAUCCAAAGCUAGUACCACUUUGGAGUAUAACUCAUUUUUCUCGAAGUGAUACAUAUGGCACGUCUACGUAGUUGACCACCGUGUCCAACAUCAUGAAUUCCUAGAUCUGGAAUUUGAACGAUUGCUUUUUGGAGAUGAAAAGUGUCGUUCGGAGCUCAACAACCAGCCAACUCUCUCACAGAGGUGGGCAUUAUCUAGAUUGUGUGUAGAAGUUGAUGAUUUCAUGAAGAUUAGUUAUUUUUGCUCGAGAGUGCAGGGGCAUAUACAUUUGCUUGAAAAUGGUCCAGGUGAUGACUUCUGAAUGAAGAGAUACUCUAUAAAGUAACAAUCUAAUG